AUGUGCCCACAGUGGGGGACGAUCCUGGGCUGCAUGUGCUGCCGCCCCCAGGAGGAGCUGGACUCCAUGCUCCUGGAAGAAUUCCUCGGGAACCGGGAGAAGAUCCGGGCGAACACCCACGCUCCGAGGGAUUCCACCAUCGUGCUCACCACCCACCAGACCCUCUACCCCCCCGGGCGCAUCAUCCACAUCGUCCGGCGUCAUCCCACCGACGAAGAGUGA